AUGUCUUUUUCUAAUGGUCCGAAUGGACUGCCACCAGGUGGGGGUACCGGUGGUGGUGGAUCUGGGAACAACUUCCAUAUUCCGAGUUCACGAGAAAGCUGCAAUUCGCCCGUGCUGUUGCAGGGAAUCGCUACUCCGCAGACGCAAAAGAGCAUGGCUCGCGUUCAAGGAAGCGCUCCUGCGGUUGCCGUUGCCAAUCUCACGACUGGUUCUUCCACACAAAGCGUGGCACCUGUGACAGCAGUUGGACCAACGGAUUCGCUGGAUUGUAGUGCAGAGGUUUUAUCUGCCUUUGAAUGUCCGGUCUGCCUCGAAUACAUGCUUCCACCCUAUUUGCAAUGCCAAAGCGGACACCUUGUUUGUGGGAACUGUCGACCGAAGCUACAGUGUUGCCCUACGUGCCGCGGCCCUACACCAAGCAUCCGAAAUCUUGGACUUGAGAAGAUUGCAAACACGGUGAAGUUUCCCUGCAAGUUCAGCAAUUCUGGAUGUGGAUCGAUAUUUCAUCAUUACGAUAAAGUGGACCACGAAGAAACGUGCGAGUUCAGACCCUACAGCUGCCCUUGCCCUGGUGCGUCGUGCAGAUGGCAAGGAGCCCUUCAAGAAGUGAUGCCACAUUUAAUUAAGAUCCAUAAGAGCAUUACGACUUUACAAGGCGAGGACAUUGUCUUUUUGGCUACCGACAUCAAUUUACCGGGUGCAGUUGAUUGGGUCAUGAUGCAGAGCUGCUUUGGAUAUCACUUUAUGCUAGUACUCGAGAAGCAGGAAAAGUUCGAGCAAUCGCAGCAAAUUUUCUACGCCGUUGUUCAACUGAUUGGAGCCAAAAAAGAAGCAGAAAACUUUAUCUACAGACUUGAAUUGUCAACUAAUCGUCGUCGCCUUGUAUGGGAAGCCACACCGCGGUCCAUUCACGAGGGAGUAGCGCACGCCAUUUCACAAUCCGAUUGUCUUGCUUUUGAUACACCAACCGCUCAACUUUUUGCCGAAAACGGGAACUUGGGAAUAAAUGUGACCAUUACACAAGUCAACGAAUCAUUGCGA